AUGUCUGCCGACACGUUACCAAGAAGCGUCACCUACUGCGGAGUAUGCAGUCUACCACCCGAAUACUGCGAGUUCGGCGGCACGACGAAGAAGUGCCAAGAAUGGCUUGAAGAAGAGCACCCCGACAUGCACGCGAAGCUAUACUCGCAAGAAACGCUAGAACAAAACCUCUCCUCCCUCUCCCUCGAAGCGCAAAAACGCGCAGAAAAAGACUCCCAAAAGAAAGCCGCAAAAGCCGCAUCAGCCGAAGCCCGGGCGGCCGAAACACGCGCCUCAUCCAAGAUCCUGAUCAAGCGCAUCGAGCGCAACAAGCGCAAGUACGUGACCGCGGUGCAGGGGCUAGAAGCAUUUGGUCUCGACAUCAAGAAGGUAGCCAAGGACUUUGGCAAGAAGUUCGCGACGGGCUCCAGUGUGACGAAGAUCCCUGGCGGUGGCGAGGAGAUUACGGUCCAGGGCGAUUUGAGCGAUGAUAUUCAGGACUUUUUGGUCGAGAAGUAUGAGAAUGUUCCCGAGGAUAAUAUUGAGCUUGUUGAGGAUAAGAAGAAGAAGAAGGAUGCUGCGGGGGGUGGGGUUGUUUGAGGGAGGAAGGGAGGGAUUCUUGUCUUGGGGUAGAGCGUCGAUUAGUUCGAGGGGAUAUGAUGACGGAUAUGAAUAGAGAGAGAGAUUUGGGUUGAGGGCAUAGUAUGGGUGAUGGCAUCAAGGGAGGGAUUCUGUAUCUUUCAGUACGGCCUCGGAAAUCCAAACCGCCUUCCCGUCUCACUCUGAACAUGUCAUACUAUAAGGAAUCUCCCUAUCUUUCCAUUGUUUCAAGUUGACAAUUGAAAGCUAUCAAUCCAACCUUCACAUCG